CUAGCACUAGCAUUUCUGGCUCGUCACUGCGUGUUUAUUAAGUAUUUGGAUUCGAGUAGCAGGUAUUACGUGAUUUGACGUGGAAUUACUGGACAACAACUGCUCUUGUGGAUAUUACGCUGCUCAUUAUGAGGAGGGUGAUGACCAGUGACGGCCGCUCAUAUUGGAGGCGCACGCAAAUUUUGAGACUCGCUACAUAUACAAGCGUCUGACAGUGCGCGGCUGCAUCAGUAUCCACAGAGCGCUUGAAGAGAGAAUAUCUUUUCUCACUCAUAGGAAAAGUUUUAAGAAACGAGCUAAACCAACUCAAAGCUGACAUUUUGAAGACUAAAUGCGCUGAAUUAAAACGACAUAAAUCAAGACGAAUACACAUAAAACUAUUCAUUAACAUUUUUUGUGGACGUUAAAUUGAUGCAAAAACGUAAAACAAAGAAUUUAACUGAUUCUGAUAAUAAAAAUAAACUCGUCAAAUUUAUCGAGUUUAUUUAACAUCAAUAAAAUACAAGCUUGAAUUAGGAGCUGAAAAUUCCUUCCGUUGUUAAAAGACGUUAUCGACAAGACAUUUAGUAUAGUACGUUGUCAUUGUGGGACAAUCAUACGGACUAAUUAAUUGAGAAUAAAUUUAAACUGCCGGUAACCAUCUGUCUACACUGUAUUUGAUAUCAUAUAGUAUGGCAUUAAGUUGUACACUACGUUAAGUAUCAGCCUAACAGUGAGUGAAUGAGACGAGAAAACGGUUCUAACAAGUACAGGGUUGUCAUCAUGAAUACACGGAGAGGGGUGAUUGUAAUACUAUAUUCUGCCUGGAUUAUUUGCCUUUCUUUGGGCCAGGAAGUCGGUAACAUUGAACGGCAGGUACAGAUAGCGCGACAGACUGAGAUUAUUAAAAACAAAAUUCUUGCUGAGUUGGAACGAAACGAAGCUAAGCUUCCGAGGGACGAUUCAAACAUAUUCGGAGAUUACAACAGUUUUCCGGAAAUAAAGACUAACUUGAACAUGUUGCCACCGCCGACCAAAGAAGAGCGACUUCCGGUGGCGUCUCCCAUUGUCCCACCUGUCAAUGAGGUGCGUGCAAAUCCUCCACCAAAAAAGGUCGAGCCACUCAUCAUUCUAGGAGAGGAAACAUCAUCAUCGAAGCGGAGCAAAUGUUUGGACUUCAAGUUUAGAAAAGCCCAGAGUCUCACUCCCCAUAAACUACCAUUGUACGUGUAUAUACGGAAAACACGGGGUAAGAAAAAGCGAAAACGCAAUGAGAGUGACGUCACUUCCGUUAAAGACGCACGCCGUCUGCGAAGGAGUACAGAAGUACAGAGUACUGAAGAUAAACAUAAGCGGAGAAAAAAUAGAAGGAAGAGAAAAAAUAGGUUCAGGCGAAUCAAGAUCUUUAUCACUGAUGGGAAGACUUUAGUGACAUUGGUGAAAACAAAGAGGAAAAUUCCAAAAUCAGAUUGGUACAGUUUUGAUCUACCAAUCUCUCAUUUCCCAGAUGUGUUUGGUGCAAAUGACACAUAUACAUUAUGCUUUAAGUGUAAAAAGUGUAAUAAGAAAAUUAAAUUGGAACUUUUUGGAAAACAAAAGAAAAGAACACUAGGGAAAACAUAUAUACCAUUUAUUCAUGUAGAUUUUAAGCCACCACUACCUCAAUCUACAUACAGACAAAAACGUUCGAUUGACAUUCGAACAAAAGUGGAGAGAGUUGGUGUUGAUAAUUUAAUGACCUCACAAGACGGGCAUUCAUCAUUUAAACCUUGCUGUACACCAACGGUGGUGUCUCAAAACUUAUCUUCAUCGUUUUCCAGUAUACUUUAUCCAGCUGUUGUAAACAUUACAGUGUGUGUAUCAUCCAAGUCGGCACCGAUUCUAUCUCAUGACGUCACUGGACAAAAAUCCGAAUAUGAGGUCACAAAACAGACAUCUAUCUCGAAUGACAUCACGAGUGGAAUUUCGAAAGAAUAUUACAGAGUUGUUUGUGAACCGAACGGCUAUUCCGACUUUAGUUUUGUUCUCAUGGACAAGUAUUUAAAUGUCAAGCACGCCACCAUUAAAAACUUGUUACCAAGUCAGUGCACGUGUCGACUAGUGUGGUCGUGAUUGAAAAGUUAUUAAAAUACAUUUAUUUUUACUAGUCCGUAUAUUUUAGUGAUGCGUUUAGCUGUGCGUCUUUAUUCCAAAUAUUUAAGCGAAAUGCUGUGCAUUGAUAUUGGUCAUACAUUGCUUCAUCAAUUCGUUUCGUAUAUUUAAAUUAACGCCACAUUUUAACACUUAUUUGUUUGAUAUUUGCAUACAUAUUGGUUAGAAUUCAUACAGGAAAAUUCUUUAUUGGAUGGAAUUUCUUUUUCCGUUCUAACCGACUUAGAUAUUGAAGAGUAUUUAAUUUUCAUUGGCAGAGUCAAUGGAACACGCUAUUUAAGCUCCGUUUUUAUUUGACAGUCAACAUUUUUUAUUGAAAUAAAGCCAUCUGAUUGGAAAGUAGUUUUUAAAAGCCAUUUAACGAGCUCCAUGCAACGUUACUAACUGACAAAGAAAAACACACGCGCGUCAAAAUGUUUAUAAUAAUAAAUAUAGGGGUCACCGCCUCGGGACGGUCUCGACCAACACAUAUCUUAGUCUGGAAAACAACAACAUGUUUUUGAAACUAUGAUCAUUUCUGUUUCCGAACUUCCCACAUGUGUAAAAUUUCUGAGGGUCGUGUUGUUUUCAUAUUCCAUAAAGUGUUUGUUAUGUAUCAUAGCGAUGUUGAACGGCACGGGUAAUAUAUACAAUUGAUCUGAAGGUUCUAUUUCGGUGCAUUUUUGAAAAUAUAAAGCAUUGUAAAGGUAUCCGACCCUUUAAUAUGUGAAUUUUGGAUGCGUUGUACCUAUAUACUUGUUUGGUAUCAUUUUAUGGUAAUUUUGAAGGGGUACAGAAAAAACCCGAAAAAACCCACCUGCAAAUAUGGAAAAUUAAUUUGGUUUAAUUGCAUUACAUUAUAAUUAUCAGCAAUUAUUUACCUUUCUCAUGAUACUGAACUUUUAUGGGGCACCAGACAUCAAAAUUUAGCAUUUGGUAAAUGUAUUUGAUAUUUAUGGGUCGGAUAUCGUAAUAUAUGUAUGUAUGUUUUAUCAGCUUUAUGACUCCGUUCGUGUGUGGGUAGACGUAUGGCAUCCAAUAACCACAUUGUUGCAAGUUUUAGAAUUGUAUGUGAAAUAUGUGAAUGUAUUUGUGAAUGUUUAAAUCAUUUUGUACAAGCACUAUGAUAAUCGGCAAAACUGGUAAUCGUUGGGCCACGCAAACAGGAGUAAAGCCCCUGUAUAACAUGUAUAAAUAUGUUACUAUUAUUAUUGCAAGGCAAUAAACAGUUACAGCUAUUACAGUUAAAUGUUAAUCAUUGCCGAUGCAUAUAACAUGUAAGAGGGUUCAAAAUCUAGUCAAACAAUGUUCUUUAAUCAUAAAAAAGAAAUAAUGUUUGACCUCUGUAAAACCUCUAAGUUAUAUUAAGAAGCAAAAAUCCUUGAUACAGGUUAAGCUAAUUGAUAUCCAGCUAAUUAGUAUGAAUUGCAUUAAUGUGACUUUUAAACACAAUCUGUAUAUCACACCUGAGUCUGUUGGAAGAGAGAUGGGGGCUUAGUAAAGCACAAAGUGAUGUGUUUAAGAAACACAUUUUCAAUAGAAUAGGAAGUAGACGCGCGUUUCAGUGAAAUUAGGGUAAUUUAAUUUCAGUGGCAUGCAUGUUUUGAAACACGUACAAUACAUCGGUAUGUGACCUAAUAAACAGGAUGGCGUGUUAUUAAUUUACGGAUAAUUUGAGAUAUGCAUGUUUUACAGUAUACUUACCGUGAGCGAGUUGAACAAUUAGGCCAAAAUUGCUUGAUUUUCAUCCAAAUAUUUUUUAAAUAUUCAGAUUUAGGAUGUUUGUAGUAACGAUUAAGAUCCUUUAAUGAAAUUAUUUGAUUGACCAAUCAUAGUAAGGCAAACCCACAAUAUAUGAAUAACACACUAAGCAAUGGUUAUUGCUGGUCUUAGUCGUUUCGUAAAACUGGCCCAAUGAGAUUUAUUUUACAAAUUGUCAAUGUAACUCAACUUUAAAGUCCACGAAUGAAGGGCGGAUCUCGACGCACACGUUUCAAGAUGAAUGACCGCAUUUGAACGUUCUCCGUGUGCACGAAUUGCACCUUAAUCGUGAUAACAGCAGUUUUAGUCUUGACAGCAAUGACAGGUGAAAAUAUCAACACCUCCUUUCAAUAGUCGAGUGGUAUUCUGUUUUCAAGAUGCACCAUCUUUCGCAACCCCGGUAAUUUGUUUCGCUAACAUUACUUGAGCACCGUGAGAAAAUCAUCCAAGAAACUCUUGUUUUCAUGAAUACUAAUGAGGUAGGGGAUAAAACUAUUCUUCCAAUGAAAUCGCCUGUUACAAUGUACUACUCUUCAACUUAGGGUAUUACCCAUGAAUGCACAUGACGUAAUAUAGGGGUUUGUUACUAAAUAUAGAAAAUAACAUUAUUGUUUAGAUUCCGAAGAGCAACCAUUCGGCACCAAUGAAACCGCGUCAUUAAUUAUUAAUGAUAACUAAAUGUUCAGGGUACUAAGCUGGGUGCGCAACCGCCUGCUAUCAAUGACGGCAAAAUAGUAGAUUCUUCGUAUAAGACAAGCUAUUUUUAUUGAGAUAUGAUAUAAGUUAGAAUAAAAAGUUAAUGCCGAUAUCAAUGCUUAAGAACAUAUUUAUUGGUAUCUGUAGCGCCCAUAUGUGUAUGUGUAUGAGGUUAUGUUAUUUAAAAUGAAAUGUUUAGCAUGAAGUGGUAAUCAAUCGUAUUACCUAAUAAUCUUUUGAGUAUACCAUGAUGAUGUUCAUCAAUUAUUAUUAUUAUUAAUAUUAUUAUUAUUAUUAUUAUUAUUAUUAUUAUUAUUAUUAUUAUUAUUAUUAUUAUUAUUAUUACAAUUAGUCUUUACACUAGUGAACUGAAACUGUAAUUGUUGCAACUAUCGAUGUUUCGAUCUCCGGGGCCCACAAAAAAGAUUAAGACAACAUUGAAAUUGUAUUGACUAGAUCCCAUUUCUGGAGAAGGAAUAUUUUUUUUAAUCCCUUGGAACAGGGAUGUUAUAGGCAUUCAAAAUCCUUCGAAAAAACUCCCGUCAAGACUCAAUCCUGGAUAGCGAUGAACCACCGGGUUUAUUAAAAUUCCGACUGUCAGGUUACCAUCCGUUUUCAAAAUUCCCUUAUUAACCUGCCCCCUCCCCGGACUGGUAAUCAGUUUUGAUAGGUGCACAUUUUAAAUAUGAAACAUAAACAUAUUGUAACAUUUUUUUUAUUUUAAAAUGAAAUACGUUUCAGAAAUGUUAUUUUUGCAAAUAUCUGAUUAAUCAAACUUAAAAGUGGUUUAAUUUAUAUUUUUUGACGAACGCCCUACAACAAUACAACAGAAGCAAAUAUUUUUGUUGAACGGUUUUCCGUACAUUUUAUUAUUUUGCCCUACUAAGUCGUUUAAUGUCGUGUACUAAUUCAUGUUUUGUGAAUCGAGUGGUAGGUUUGUUUAUGAUACUGCUGUAAUGGUUAUUAUUUUGAUAAAUGUUCAUUAACAACAAUAAUUUAUACCGGUGUUCCAUUUCAUUAUUGUUUAUAUAUAUGUUAGUGAUGUAUUAAACCGGUGAACUAGUAAGAUGCAUUUCAAACGUUUAUGAUUGUCCGUUGUACCGUAACAUUUUAUGCUUUUUUGUUUUUGUCGGUAUUGUUCCAUUGUUACUAUAAAUUAGGUCAUUAUUUAAUUCAUUAUAAUUUAUGUAGUACAU